GUCAGGCGCUGGACUCUCCGAGGAUUCAUUCAUUCCUACAUCGUGCGCGUCGAAGAGCUGAGAAAAAGCAGAGACUAGGAGGGUGAGAGUAAGGUUACGUGGUGGAGUGAGAGUGAGAGACAAGAACGAGAAGAAGCCACAAGAAAAAUUCCCAUGGUUACGUUCUUUGCCCGUCGUGGGUGCGGGGUAUCUUCACCUAACGAUGGCCUUGCCGAACCAGCAAACCAACAGCCUGUGGCGGUAGUUGUGCAACAGGAUGGACGGAUUGCAGAUGUGGCACUGGGUGACGAUGCAUGGAAGAUAAGAGAGGAGGCGAAAUACCAUCAGGACAGUGUCCUAGUGGAAGGGGAGCUCCUUGUACCGGGAUUCGUGGACAUCCACACCCACGGCCUCGGUGGAACAGCUGAUGCUGUGGAUUACUGGACAGUGCCUGGUUUCACCCAAAAGCACUUGGCGUCAAUGGGCACAACUUCAUUCUUGGCAAGUGUGGUGUUUCAGAAGGACCAAUCACAUAUGGCGACAGUUCUCAAACAUCUUUUGCCACGCAUUGGGGAACAAGGCCAUGGUGCAAUUCUCGAAGGGAUCCAUGCGGAAGGCCCCUGUGUUCAUGACCUGGGGGCUAUGCCUGACCGAGGUGAAGUGCCAUCCCCAGAGUGGCUACGCGAGUGGAUAGACAACCUACCACCUGGUGUGCUGAAGAUGAUGACGAUCAGUCCACGCGUGGAGGCUGCUGUUGGCUAUGCAAGGCUAAAAUGCUUACUUGAAAACUCUGUUCUUCCAGCUUUGGGUCAUGAUCGAGUUGCCAGUGAAGAUGACAUACUUGGAGCAUUGAAAUGCUGUCCAGAACGACGCUUGCACAUAACACAUCUUUACAACGUCUCCAACUUUCAUCACAGACUUCCUAGUUUGGUGAACUUUGGCCUUGUGGAGAGAUUUCCUGACUUGCCACAGUACAGCGGUCUCUCGCCUCCCACUGUAGAGCUGAUUGGUGAUCUUGCCCAUGUACACCCACUGACAGUCAAGUGCACAUUAUCAGCACGGCAUCCCAGCAACAUAGCCUUCAUUAGUGAUGCAAUUGCUCUUCCUGAGGCCAAUCGCAGAACAGCAUACGCUGGACGACACUUGGUGGUAAGUUCAGAUGCCAAGACAGUGAAGCUGGAAGGCACGGAUACAUUGGCAGGUAGUUGUGCUUCACUGCUCGAGACAUUCAGGAAUCUAGUGAAUGUUCUGGGAGUAUCUGAAGAAGAUGCCUCCUCCAUGCUGUCCACCACACCGGCAAGGAUCGUUGGCCUGGAGCACGUGGGAAAAAUUGAAGUCGGACGGCGCGCAGAUUUUCUAUUGCUGGACAAGAACUAUGAGCUGAAGCAGACUGUCAUUGCCGGAAGGCUGGCUUACACUGCAGCCGCGGCUGAAUGAUUGAAUCCGACCUGCUACAUAGACCAAAUUGCUGAGUCAAUUUUUUUUAAUGAACAUCACAAUUAAUGCUGCAACGUUACUCUCACUGACAGUGCCUCCUUGCUACAUACAUGUAUGUUCGUUGAUUUCUAGGUAAUCUAACUCAUUGAUCGCCAUCAUAGUACACCAAAUGUGAAAAGAUAACACUCCUGUUAUCACUAUGAGAAUGGUUAGUCAACACAGCACCGGCUGAUCAUAAUGAAAAGAGUUCCCAAGAUACACUGUAGCGUUCGUUCAGAAAGUGGUGGACAUCUCGCAACUGCAUUGGAAAUAGAAGGGGGGUUGUCAACUGACAACCGCUCGAUGUAGUUGCUACUCACUCUUUAGAUGAAAAUUCUAUUAAUGAUGUCGACAAAUUAUUGACGUUUCGGGCCAGUCACCCAUCGUCAGAACAAUGUACAAGUACUGGCUGUGGAAACACAGAUAAACAGAAGAAAAAUCAGGGAGUCCAUCGAGAUUCGAGAGCGUCGUCCGGAGAUCAAUAUCUCCUUCGGAUGGCCAUUGAAGGCGCUAACACCCUCACAGUGAAACUGCUAAAUCUUGCUGUGUCUGUACAGGGUUGUACACACAAUGAUCGUGGUAUACACCUUCGUACUCACAUUUCCUGCGCUUUAUCUGCUGAGCUGGUGCAUACCCACUCUUUCAGCGCACUUCUCCUUGUCGGUUGUACAUGCAAAUUCAGACACUCAAUUGCAUACGACUAUUGUGUGUUCCGUUUGUUUUGUACAUGGACACACAAUGUCAUACGCUCUCGCUUGCUUUCGUUAUAAAAGGCCAGGUUCGCUCCUUGUACAUUGUUCUGACGAUGGGUGACUGGCCCGAAACGUCAAAUUUUUUUCGACAUCAUGAAAAUAAUUUUCAUCUAAAUAGUGAAUAGCAACUGAAUAGAGCGGUUGUCAGUUGACAAACCCCCUUUUAUUUAAGAUACACUGUAGUUGAUGAAAAUAGAGAUUAUCUUGAAGUAAACACGAAGGGUUAUUAUGGAACGUAACAUGUAAUCAUCAACUUUGAGAAACUGAGAUAAUGGCUCAGUGUCCUUUUAAACCAGUCACGGAGGGUCCUCAUGCUGCAAACUUUCAAGUACAGGUUCCUUGCCGACCCUAUGGAUUCAUAAGUAGAUGACACGCGGCCCAUGGGGUGUGUCCAGUUUAGCCGCUAUCUGAAACAUGAUGAAAUGGAUAUGUUGUGUUUUCCAUUCAAACUUUCCACAUGCUAGACCACCUCAUUCUUUUUUGGAUAAGACUACUCCUACUCCCUCUUAUCUUUUUCCAUAACUGAAUCACUCGCCCAUCUCCCGGAUUACAUUUGCUUACAUGUAUUUGUCUGCGGAUAGCUUCUGUCCAUUAAAAUAUUUUGGUCUGUGGAUCGAAAUCAAUUAAUUAUUUGAACAUGAUAAAACUAAAACAGGUAUUGCAACUUUGCUGUGGAAUGGUUUGUAGUGUCAAAGUUGCAGAAAUGUCAAUCACAUUCUUA